AUGGUGAAGUUAAAAGACAACUGCCUAAUCAACAUGACAUACUACAAGUCCAUUGUACUUAGAAGAAAAAAUUGGGAGAAACAUUCACCUAAUUUGGUUAUUGAAGCAGAGACCAAAGACGGGGAAAAAUAUUUGAAACGAGCAUUUAAUACUCAAGCAUGUGAACAAUUGAAUGGGUGGCUUGGGGGAUUUGACUCUAUCUUGAAAAGGAUGACUGUUGACAAUUUCAAUUGGUUUUUGCAUGCAAUGUUAUUUUACCAUACCCGAUAUGUUCUUGAGAAGAUAAAAAAGAGAGAAGAAAAGAUGAAAAAAGGAGACAAUGGUGAUGGUGAUGAUAGUGAUGAUGAUGCUGGUAGUGAUGAUAAUUGA